AUGGCAAUCGAGGAUAUUGGCCUGGUGGGCAUCAACGUGCGGAUGUGGCGCCACUUGGCCGUGCUCUAUCCCACUCCGGGCACAAACUGGCGGAAGUUCGCCUUCGUCCUACCCGUGACUGCGAUGAAUAUGAUGCAGUUCGUCUACCUGCUGCGCAUGUGGGGCGACCUGCCCGCCUUCAUCCUCAACAUGUUCUUCUUCUCGGCCAUUUUCAACGCCCUGAUGCGCACGUGGCUGGUCAUAAUCAAGCGUGUCCAGUUCGAGGAGUUCCUCGACCAAUUGUCCACUCUGUUCCACUGCAUUCACGAGUCCGCGGACGAGUGGGGGCGUGGCAUUCUGCAGAGGGCGGAGCGGGAGGCGCGGCACCUGGCCAUCUUGAAUUUGAGUGCCUCCUUCCUGGACAUCGUGGGUGCCCUACUCUCGCCACUUUUCAGGGAGGAGAGGGCUCAUCCCUUCGGCGUGGCUCUGCCCGGAGUGAACAUGACCAGCUCGCCCGUCUACGAAGCAGUUUACUUGGCCCAGCUGCCCACGCCCCUCCUCCUGUCCAUGAUGUACAUGCCGUUUGUCAGCCUCUUCGCCGGACUGGCCAUCUUCGGAAAGGCCAUGCUGCAGAUCCUGGUGCACAGACUGGACCAGAUUGGCGGAGUGGAGCAGUCGGAGGAGGUGCGCUUCCGAAUGCUGACCUCCUGCAUUCGAUACCACAUCCAGGUGAUGGGCUAUGUGAGGGAGCUCAACAAACUGGUUACCAACAUUGUGGCGGCCGAAGCAAUUAUCUUUGGCUCGAUAAUCUGCUCGCUGCUCUUUUGCCUGAACAUUAUAACAUCACCGACCCAAGUAAUCUCGAUUGUGAUGUAUAUCUUCACCAUGCUCUAUGUGCUGUUCACUUACUACAAUCGUGCCAAUGACCUGGGCAUUGAGAACAACCGAGUGGCGGAGGCCGUUUACAAUGUGCCCUGGUACGAGGCCAGCAUUCGGUUUCGCAAAACCCUUCUGAUCUUCUUGAUGCAAACACAAAACCCCUUGGAGAUAAGAGUUGGCAACGUUUACCCCAUGACUUUGGCCAUGUUUCAGAGUCUGCUGAAUGCGUCCUACUCCUACUUCACCAUGUUGCGUGGCGUCACCAGCAAAUGA